AUGGCGGGCAAUCUUGACCCAACACAUUUGAUGGUUCAAUCAUCACAUCGACCAUCUCAAUCCAUUGAUGGCGAUACGUUACGCACCCGAGCAGAUUCAUUUGCGUCUUCUGCCGACACAGUUGUCCGCUCACGAUCAGGCUCUUAUGUAGAUUCAUCCCAGGUAGCCAAAGCCGCUGCCUACGACGAUGUCUCGCUUGCCGAUGCCUUAAAGCCGGAUCCUCGCAACGAGGCCGAUUUUCAGGUUCAAGACAAUCGGUUUGCAUUUUCCCCUGGUGAGCUCAAUAAGUUACUCAACCCAAAGUCCCUAGCUGCUUUUCAGGCUCUUGGUGGCUUGGCGGGCUUGGGACGGGGCUUGCGGACUGAUCUGAAUGCCGGAUUGUCAAUCGACGAGGGCCGGCUGGAGGGUACUGUCAGUUUCGAGGAUGUGACGCAACAUACGUCUACUGGGAAACCCAAAGCCUUACAGGAGACGGCACCCGUGUCGUCUGGUGAUGGUUCACCCUUUGAAGAUCGCAUUCGAGUCUUCAGCCAGAACAGGCUUCCUGCUCGCAAAUCGACCAGUUUUCUCAAGUUGUUCUGGGAUGCAUACAACGACAAGAUUAUUAUUCUAUUGACCAUUGCUGCUGUGGUCUCACUUUCCCUUGGGAUAUACGAGACAUUGUCAGAAGGCACGGGUGUCGAAUGGGUGGAGGGCGUUGCCAUUUGUGUGGCGAUUUUGAUUGUCACUGUCGUCACGGCUGUCAACGACUGGCAGAAAGAGAGACAGUUUACUAAACUUAACAAACGGAAUGAUGAUCGUGAAGUCAAGGUCACCCGCUCGGGCAAGACCUCUAUGAUUUCAGUCUACGAUAUCCUUGUCGGCGACAUUCUCCAUCUCGAGGCAGGCGAUUCCAUCCCUGCAGACGGAGUCUUGGUCACGGGUCAUGGCAUCAAAUGCGAUGAAUCUUCCGCCACCGGUGAAUCGGAUCAAAUGAAGAAGACACCGGGCCAAGAGGUUUGGGAGAAAAUCGCCAGCGGCAAGGCAACAAAGAAACUCGACCCGUUCUUGAUCUCCGGCAGCAAGGUCCUCGAAGGCGUGGGCACUUACAUGGUCACCAGUGUUGGACCGUAUUCCACCUAUGGCCGGAUUAUGCUGUCGCUGCAGACUCCUAAUGACCCGACGCCGCUUCAGGUGAAGCUGGGUCGGUUGGCGAAUUGGAUUGGAUAUCUGGGCACCGCAGCUGCUGCUAUCCUGUUCUUCGUCCUAUUGUUCCGAUUUGUAGCCGAUAUCCCUAAUCAUCCAGAGAGAAAUGGUGCGAUGAGAGGCAAAGAGUUUGUGGAUAUCUUGAUUGUUGCUGUUACGGUUAUCGUUGUUGCCAUUCCAGAGGGCCUGCCACUCGCAGUAACACUGGCUUUGGCCUUUGCUACCACCCGGAUGGUCAAGGAAAACAACCUUGUCCGCGUCCUUCGGGCCUGCGAAACCAUGGGCAAUGCCACAGUCAUCUGCUCGGAUAAAACAGGUACAUUGACACAGAACAAAAUGACUGUCGUCGCUGGAACCUGGGGCUCGGAUCAGAGCUUCAGCCAGGGAAUCGCAGACGAAGCCGUGGAGAGUUCAAGGACUACUUCAGCAGCUUUCCAGCAAAUGGCGGCUCCUGUCAAAGAUCUGAUAGUAAAGAGCAUCGCUCUAAACUCGACCGCAUUCGAGCAGGACAAAGACGGCUCCAAGGAUUUUGUCGGUAGUAAGACUGAGGUCGCACUGCUCCAAUUGGCCCGGGAUUACAUGGGCAUGGACGUUGCAUCAGAGCGCGGGUCUGCUGAUAUCGUCCAACUCAUUCCAUUCGACUCCGGAAGAAAGUGCAUGGGUGUCGUUUACCGUGUUCCUGGUAUUGGCUACCGACUGCUUGUUAAGGGAGCAUCCGAGUUGAUGGUCCGGGUCUGUACCUCCCAAAUCACCAACGUCGACACUUCGAAGGAGAGGCUCGAUGUGGAGGACCUCUCUGAGACACAGAAGCAGCACAUCCUCGAGCUGAUCGACAGUUACGCCCACAAGUCCCUUCGCACAAUCGGCAUAAUCUACAAGGACUUCACUGCCUGGCCACCGGCAGAGGCGACUCACUCCGAUGAUGCUUCCUUGAACUUUGAAGAUUACUUCCACGGUAUGACCUGGGCCGGUGUUGUAGGUAUCCAAGACCCUCUUCGCCCUGAAGUCCCCGCGGCCAUCCGCAAAUGUCACUUGGCUGGCGUCCAGGUCAAGAUGGUCACUGGCGACAAUGUCGCCACGGCCACCGCUAUUGCGACCUCAUGUGGAAUCAAGACGGAAGAUGGCUUGGUCAUGGAAGGGCCCAAGUUCCGACAACUGACUGACGCGGAAAUGGACGAGAUCAUUCCCCGUCUGCAGGUGCUGGCACGGUCCUCGCCCGAGGAUAAGAGGAUCUUGGUCGAACGGCUCAAGGCCCUUGGUGAGACUGUCGCUGUCACAGGUGACGGUACCAAUGAUGGACCCGCUCUGCGGACUGCCGACGUUGGCUUCUCUAUGGGUAUCGCCGGUACGGAAGUCGCCAAGGAGGCCAGCUCGAUCAUCCUUCUCGACGAUAACUUCAAGUCCAUUGUCACCGCCAUCUCUUGGGGCCGCGCCGUCAACGACGCUGUCGCCAAGUUCCUGCAAUUCCAGAUUACGGUCAAUAUCACAGCCGUGAUCCUCACCUUCGUGUCGUCUGUGUAUAGCAGUGAUAACGCCAGUGUUCUCACCGCUGUGCAGCUCCUUUGGGUCAAUCUGAUCAUGGACACCUUCGCUGCUCUUGCCUUAGCCACAGAUGCACCAACCGAGAAAAUCCUCGACCGCAAACCCGUCCCCAAACACGCCUCCCUCUUCACCCUGACCAUGUGGAAAAUGAUCCUCGGCCAAGCAGUCUACCAACUCGCCGUCACCUUCAUGCUCUAUUUCGCCGGCAACAAACUCCUCGACGGCCUCCUCAGCAGCGACCCCGAGCACCGCGCAAAGGAACUCGGUACCGUCGUCUUCAACACCUUCGUCUGGAUGCAAAUCUUCAACGAAUUCAACAACCGCCGUCUAGACAACAAAUUCAAUAUCUUCGAAGGCAUGUUCAAAAACUACUGGUUCCUCGGCAUCAACGCCAUCAUGGUCGGCGGCCAGGUCAUGAUAAUCUACGUCGGCGGCCAAGCCUUCGAGGUGACCCGUCUAUCCGCCUCCCUCUGGGGCAUCUGCAUUGUCUGCUCUAUCGCCUGUCUGCCAUGGGCUGUUGUUCUCCGUCUCAUCCCCGACCGUCACUUUGGGAUUGUUUUCAAUGCCGCUGUUGGCAGUAUAGCUGUUAUUGUGCGUCCGCUUUCGCGCGCGUGCAAGGCCAUCGGUCAUGGAUUUAAGGCUUUUUUCAGGCCUGUGAAGAGAUUUACUCGUCGUGUUGUCCGCAAGCAGAAGCCUGUGGAGGAUGAUGUUAGACUCGAUUCGCAGGCUGCGAAGGCUGACGAUCCUGAAGCGCCUGGUCAGGUUGUAGAGCGUCCUGCUACGCCUACGCUUGUGGUGCCGCCUAUUACGAUCACGACUUCUCCUUGA